GUUAAAAGAAUCAAAUCGCUUAAAUUAAUAUUAAUAUUUUUGAUAAAAAAAUAUUUAAUACUAUCUCUUUUUACAAUAGGUUCUCUGCUUAGUUUCUUUUUUUUCUUUUAUAAUGUUCACAUGUACAAAAUCAAGCUUCCGGAUUUAAAUUUAUCAAACACCCACAACGCAAACAACAAAUUGCUAUUGAUUUGCAUGUUUGUUCUUCAAAUAGUUUACCCACGAUGCAUCAUUAUCUUCAAUCCGCGCGAAACUGUCAUUUAUCGAGACUUUUGCAUUGACGAAACGAGUUUGACGUAAGCUUCGCGCUUGACGUAAGCCCAUGUAUUAACUGUCAACAUAUGCUUUGCAUGCGAGACGGCGUCAGUAGCGGAGCGAGCGCAUCGCGCGUGUGUUCGAAUGCAUUUGCUUCGAAGAAAGAUCAGUGUCGAUCAGUAUACUAAAUAGUCUCGAUAUGUUUAUAUAACUUGGUGCUAAAACAAUCACAACGAACUCGCUAUCGGCGCUAUAAGAAAUAUUAACUCAGUCAUGUACAAAAAAAUUUUCUGAGAAUUCCAGAAGAGUAAAAGAGGGAAAGUUUGGCAGGUUGAAAUUUUAUUUCGAUUUCAAAUUUCGUGCCGAGCCGUAUGCAUCGCAAUCUGCAUUCUGUGCAGAUUAUGCGUGCGAAUUGCAGUUUUGUUCCAAGCUCUUUACGCGUCGAUAAGAGCAAGAGGCGGUCUGUCAGACACGCUACCGUGAAGCGACGAUGCCGAGAAGCGAAGCUACCGACGACAGUGAUGUAACGGUGGAAAAUAAAGCGGUGACUCGCCAGUAUGGAUAUUGGUACCGUGCGCUCGCACGCGCACGCGUCGACACGCGUGUCGGCCCGCUGUGUCCGCGUGGUGCGCGCGUGUAAGCUAGGACAUUUCUACAAUUUUAGCCGGCAGUUUUUGGAAGUUCAGCGACACGUAGUGUGCGUAGAUACGGCGUGUAUCGUUAUCGCGAAGUCACGCCGAGACGCGAGCGAUUAAUCCAAAAUCGCGAAUCGAGUUGCUUUAUCUCCGGAUUAUAAGAUUAUUAUAACACGUAACCAUUCUUCUCUAAUACAACUAUCGCUACGUGGGAUUAUAGACGAAUACAAUUUAGGGGUUUUCACGAGCGCGAUCAAGAUGACGAGGAGAAGAUUCGCGAGGAGAGAAGUGAUCGACGAAGAUGUGGACGAUGUCUCGAACGGUCCAGAGCAAGAAGUUGCAGCGGCUUGACGUGGUGAUCGAGAUCGCUAUCGGGAUCGAUUGCUGGAAUCAUGGGUAACGGCUUGUCCUGCUGCGCGUAUCGCAAGAAGAAGCGAAAUAUCAUGAAGAAAGCCGGGCCCGGGGCUCUGCAAGUCGAGGUGAACACCGACGAGGAAUGGCGACAGUUAUUGAGUCGCACGGGCCUGAUUGUCGUGGACGUGUACUCGGAUUGGAGCGGACCGUGCAUGGCCAUGGUGAGUACCCUGAGGAAGAUCAAGAUAGAGGUAGGCAACGCGGUGGAUUACGCGGUCGCGCGAAACGAUGACAUCGAUGACUUGGCGAGGUUCCGCGGUCGAAGCGAGCCCGCUUGGAUGUUCCUGCAGGACGGUAAGAUGGUGAACCUGAUGUUCGGCGCGCACUGUCCGCGUUUGCGGAAGCUGGUGAUGGACGAGAUAAAAAGGGUUCAGCACUUGGAGACUUCAAAGUGGCGACUGAGCGUGAGCGAGCGGGCCCCCGAGGAGGAAGUUCGAUGGCAGGCGCAGGAAGCCGUCAGGCGAGCGCUGGAGGAGAAGAAACAGGCGAGAGAAGAGGCCGAGAGGCUGGAAAGAUACGAGCGAUUUAUGUUGUACAUGGCAGUCGAGCUAUGCGAGAAUACGGUGCUGGUGCUUUAUCCGUGGGUCUUCAAGGACGAGCGCGGCAGAUCGCGGGACAAGUUGCAGAGUCCGCCGUAUACGGAGCUCGUGCAGGAUCUCUUCAGACAGUGCUUCGAUGUGCAGGAGGAGCUGCGUAUCCAGCUGAACGAGGACACGAUCGAGAGGAUGUUUGUCGAGAGUGGCGUCGACAUCACCAAGGAAUUGAUAAAAGGACUGACGGACGGGAAGUGCAUGGCGAUCAGGCUGAAAGGCAAACCGCCGCAUCCGGAUUGGCCGGUGCAUUAUCCGCACGAAUGUCCGGAACGCAAUUCGAUGAAAUCCCCGAUUCGUACGAUCGAUGACAUCGAGAAUUAUCUCAUCAGCAUCAUCACGACGCAGCCGCCGCCACUUACACAAACUGGAAUCGGCGGCGUGCCUCUGUCUAGACCGACGUACGACAAUGUGCCUUACAUUGAGAGACAUGUAUACGUGCACGAACCGGACCCGGAAAUUGAGGGUGACAUGCGGCGCGUGCAUCCCGCCGCUUGGGUACCUCCUCAAGCUAGAAGCAAAAUUCACGCCUUCAAGACUCUGUUUCCGGCUUACUUAGAGAAGGCUCAUCCUUACGAGGAGCCGAUACCUCCCCCACCAUUGUGUGCCUUCAAAUUCGAAGCGUCGAAAUUCAGUGUCGUAAGAGAUGCGUAUGAAAUGUACCGCGACGCUAUCGAACACUUUGGCGCCUUCGAGUUCGAUCAACCGCCUCAUGCGAGACGCCUCGCGUCCUCGCCCGAAGAUUUCGAGAACAAGGUGAAGUACAAAACUGGCAGCGAGGUGUUCGUAAUGAUAAUUCGAAGGAUCAACGAAGAAGUUUUCCUAGCCUUUGUCAGCAUCGAGCCGUUCUUCGUGACAGAGGUUGACGAGGAAGCGCAAGGAAUGUUAACGGAAUAUUUCCCCGAAGGAGCUGAGGAUGUGAUACUAUUAGCGCUGGACGAACAGGAGGCACUUUAUGAGGACGAAGAAGAAGAAGAUUAUGAAGAAGAGGAAGAAGAAGAGGAAUUUGGAGAAAAUAACGUUUAUCCUUUUUAUUGA